AUGAUCAGCGGAGUAAAACUAGAAACUAACGAGGAAUGGAUGGCGUAUUAUCAGGACGAGGUGUACCCUGGGACCAACAACCUCCCCAGCAGUCUGAGUGGGUACCUUCCUUCAGGUGCACCUUACUUGAAUAGUGGCCACACAGGAGGAGGAGGGGUGCCAACCGGGGCCUCAGGGGGCCUUAGCAGCCCAGUGAACCACUUUGGGGUCCUGCCGUCCCAGCUGGGAUACGGGGGGGACGGCGGCGGAGGGCCAUACGGCUUCGAGGUGCCAGGGGGAGAGCCCAAAGGAGGGUACCGCCGGAACUUCAGCCACGCCAAGCCGCCGUACUCCUACAUCUCCCUCAUCAGCAUGGCCAUCCAGCAGGCGCCCGCCAAGAGGCUGACGCUCAGCGAGAUCUACCAGUGGAUCCGCCAGCUCUUCCCCUACUACCGGCAGAACCAGCAGCGCUGGCAGAACUCCAUCCGCCACUCGCUGUCCUUCAACGACUGCUUCGUGCGCGUGCCCCGCUCGCCCGACUCGCCGGGGAAGGGCUCCUACUGGGCGCUGCACCCCGACUCCGGCAACAUGUUCGAGAACGGCUGCUACAUGCGGCGGCAGAAGCGCUUCCGCUGCGCCAGGUCCGGCGACGCCAAGGCCCAGAAGGAGGGAAAGGGCGGGGACGCCGGCGCCGCCGCCGCCGUGGCCUCCGUCCCGUCCGGCUCCCCCCACGAAUCCCCCCAGCCCCAGCAGCCCUCACUGAGCACCCCCAGCCCCCACCUGCCCAAGUCUCCCUCCCCUCCGCUUCACUUCCACCAUCACUCUCUCUCCCCGCCAUCCCUCCCCCCUUCAUCCAGCCAGCGCUCCCUCUGCAUUUCGCCCGCGGGCGUCCCUCCUGCUCCCAUAUCCGGCCACAACCCCCACCAGCCCCACUCCGCCCUUCAGCACCCCUCUCUGUCGCUGGACCCCUGCCUGCGUACGGAGCCCCUCAGCCACCACCCCUUCUCCAUCUCCCAGCUCAUGGGCAUGGAGCGGGGGGACCUGCUGCCCUACGAUUCCUCCAUGGGAUUUUCCAACUAUUACGGCCCAGCCUCCUCCUACCACCACGGCCAUCAUCACCCCGCCCCUCGGGACGGGACGGCUUUCGGAGGGGACUCCAUGUACCCCAGCAUGUGCUCUGUUCCCAUUAUGAGCUCGUCGUGAGGAGAGCGCGAGACAGUGAGAGCAGCACUGAGAA